CUCACUAUUAUAUAUCUCAUCCCCCACUUCAGCCCCCAAAAACAUUUCAUUUUCUCUUACAAGAAUCUUCAAAUAUGGAAUACGUGGAUACUUCACUCAAUCUUAACGUUGAUCCUUCUUCUAUGCACAUGGAUGGAGUUUUGGUGGAAGAGUUGCGUCGUCUAAGUUGUGAGAACAAGAGGUUGACCGGGAUGUUGACCCACUUGUGUGAGAACUACAAGGCUCUGCAAAAGCAACUGAGCCAAUUGAUCAACACGAAUUUUGAGCAAUUAGACCCAAUUGAAUCACGCAAGAGAAAAGCCGAGAGUGAUCAAUGGUGUACCAACAAAUUUAUUGGUGUUAAUAAUGCUGAAUGCAGCUCCAUCACCGAGGAUUCAUUCAGAAAGUACAAGGACUUCAACUCCUCCCCUAAGGUUUCCAAAGUUCUUGUCAAGACUGAAGCAUCAAAUAAUAGCUUAUAUGUGAUGGACGGAUAUCAAUGGAGGAAAUAUGGUCAGAAGGUCACUAGGGAUAACCCUUCUCCUAGGGCUUACUUCAGGUGCUCCUCUGCCCCAAGUUGCCCCGUGAAAAAGAAGGUGCAAAGGAGUUUAGAGGACCCUACAAUACUUGUUACAACGUAUGAAGGAGAGCAUAACCAUGGUCAUCAAAGAGCUGAAAUAUCACUUGUCUCAAACCAAAGAGAAGCCCCUCCAAAAGGGUCAAGUCCUGUUUCCUCACCUACACCCACAAUUCGAAGUGCUGCUUGCCCCACCGUAACGUUUGAUUUGGUCAAGUCAGGUUUGGUUGAACUUGAAAGUGCCCAAAAGUCAUCUAUCCAGCAAUUUUUGGUUCAACAAAUGGCUACUUCUUUGACAAGGGAUACCAAUUUCACAACAGCACUUGCCACUGCCAUUUCAGGAAAAAUUCUAGAGGCCCAAUGGUGAAUUAAACACAAACAUUAUUAGGAACAUGUUAUCAAUUUUAAAAAAUAAUCUCUCCUUUUUUUUAAUUACCAGAAAGAUUAUAAAAAGAGAUUAUUUUCUUAAAAUAAGUUCAAUCACGUAUAUACUCGCUGCACCGAACAGGGAUUGUAUUAGUUUGCUUGCUUCUUUUAGAGGGGCCGAAGAGACAAAUAGUUGGAAUGUAUAUAGAAAAUUAAAGUGAAAAAGAAAAAUUAUAUUUCCUUUUAUGAAA